GUGUCCCAUCCCGACUACUAUUCUCGUCUCCGGGGUUUCCUCUUCUAUUCCCUUGUUGCAUUUGGUAUCGAGUGGGGAUCGCCACCGUCCGUCCGCCGGCCAUGAGAAUGAGCUGCAACGGCUGCCGGAUCCUCCGGAAGGGGUGCAGCGAGAGCUGCACCAUCCGACCCUGCCUCCAGUGGAUCAAGAGCCCCGAGGCCCAGGCCAAUGCCACCGUCUUCCUCGCCAAGUUCUACGGCCGCGCCGGCCUCAUGAACCUCAUCAACUCCGGCCCCGACCACCUCCGCCCUGCAAUAUUCCGCUCGCUGCUGUACGAAGCCUGCGGCCGGAUGGUGAACCCGGUCUACGGCUCGGUCGGGCUGCUUUGGUCUGGAAACUGGCCGCUCUGCCAGGCCGCCGUGCAGAACGUCCUCCGGGGCGCGCCCAUCGUCCAGAUUUCCUCCGACUCCGCCGACGCCGUCCCGCCCACCAAGCCCUACGACAUCCGCCACGUGGCGAAGAAAUCUGAUGCCACCGCGGAGAUCCACAAGGUCGCCCAGUCCCGCCCCCGUUUCAAGAAGCGCUCCGGCCACGUCAUCAAGCCCAAGGCCAUUCCCGGUUUCAUCGCCGCCGAGCCGGGCGGGGGCGACCCUGCGGUCUUCUGGGGCGGGAGCGCCUGCGGGGUCGAGCCGCCGGCGAACGUGGGGGAGAGCCAGGAGAACGGGAGUGUGUUCUCGGUGGAGUCGCUGGGGGGGUCGCACGUGAGCCAGGCGGAGCCGCACGAGAGUGGGGCCGAGGCGGAGGUGAUCCGGCUGGAUCUGACACUGGGGCUCCGGCCGAUGGAGGACAGGCCGGUCGAGGUGGCCGCACCUGGAGCUGACGCGAGUCGCGUGGAGCUGGGGCUCGGUCUCUUAGCUUGAACUGAUGAUGGCUGGAUGCACCUAAUGCAACAGCGGGAGGCCGAUAGUUCGUAGAGUCGCGGGUCGUGGCAAUUUUGUCUUUCUUAAUUUUUCUCGUUUUCUUUUACUUCUCUAUAGAAAUCCGCUGUGAUAGUCUCCUGUUCUCUUUAUUUUCUUUUCUUGGAUUUAAACUUUCUAUUCCGUUGUCGAUGUAUAGUGUUUUAUGUUGUUAUUUCCAUAAAUAGAACACGCCAAACAUUUCCAUCAU